ACAGCAGACACAAACCCCAGACGCACCGUCACCUUCCCUGUGAUUCUGCCAUGGCUCGCCUCCUCCCUCUCCUCCUCCUCCUCCCUCUCCUCCUCCUCCUCCUCGCCGCCUCCACCGCCUACUCCCAGUCUCCGGCCGCCGCGCCCUCCUCCUCCCACUCCAGCGCCGUCGCCCAGUCCCCCACCGCCGCCUCACCGACCACCUCAGCCACCCCAGGCCCUUCCUCCAAAAACCCCAUCUCCCUCUCACCCGCAUCGCCUCCCUCCCACUCCAGCACCAAGCUCACCGCCCCGGCCGCCGCCCCCAUCCAGGCCACAGCUCCACCAACACUGCCGCCGCCCACGCCCUCCCCCGUCAGCUCCCCGCCGCCCACAUUCCCGGCCCCUGCCACCGCGCCGGCAGCGUCUCCCCCAGCGCCGGCACCCAUCACCGCCGCGCCCACAUUGCCCCCACCGGUGGCCGCGCCGGCCCUUUCUCCACCUACCCUCGCCCCUGCGCCGGCAUUGCCGACGUCACCUCCGGCCCUCGCGCCGGCGCCCGUCGUCGUCGCCGCCCCGGCUCCCGCGCCGACCAAGAAGCCCAAGACCAAGAAGCACGUGGCCCCCGCCGGCUCCCCGCUCUCCGCCGCUUCGUCGCCGAGCACCGGCGGCCUCGCCCCGGGGCCCGGCCCCUCCGCCGCCGACAUGUCGGGCGACGCGGCGGGAGACUACAAGGCUACCGGAGUCGCAGUGCUGCUGCUGGUUCUUGUCUCGCUGACGCUGGGCCCGGCGUUGGCCUGAAGAUGGCCGGUCAGACUCAGACAGUCCGUCCACCGCCGCCGUUACUAUCGCCGCCACUGUUAUUACCGCUACUAUUACUACCGUUGGUGCCACUGUUCCUGCUGCUACUCCACUGAUUUUUGCUUGGACCUGUAGACUGCAUUUCUUUCAUCUGCAG